AUGUUCUUGAAGGCAAGGCAUAUGGGAUGCUUGAUGUCUGCUUCAGCUAAAGAUGGUAAUGCAGGUCUAUUUCCAUUGUGCUUUGGUGUGGUUGAUUCUGAGAAUAAUGAUAACUGGCUUUGGUUUAUGGAGAAGUUGCAUGGUAUUUUGGAUGAAGAGAGAAGGGGUAACUUGCGUACUGCUUUGGUGUCCACAAAUGUCAAGUAUAAAAAGAGUUUGAUCAGAGUGUUUUCAAAAUGUGCUUAUGCUCUCACUGUGGCAAAGUUUAAUCAGCAUAUGGGUAAUUUGCUGAAACACGGUGGUGCAGCUGUUGUUCAUUUUCUGUCGGAGUUGCCUAAUGAGCGAUGGGCAAAUGUUUUUUUCCCGGGGCAACGUUAUGGAGCAAUGUCCUCUAGUCUAGCUGAGUGCUUUAACUCAUGGAUAUUGAAAGAGCGUGAAUUGCCCGUGGUGGAUAUGGUUGAUCGUAUAAGGAAGAAGAUGAUGAAAUCAAUGUGUUUGAGGAGAGAAAGGGCAAGUAAAUGGGAUCAGGUGAUUUGUCCUUAUGGGGAGUCUCGGUUGGAGAAGUUAUAUGAUUUAGUUAAAACAUGGAAAGUGAUUCCUUCAACUGCUGAUAUAUUUGAAGUUGACACAGAUCCGUCUGUAUGUGUUGAUAUUGGGAGGCGUACAUGCAGUUGUUGUUGGUGGCAGUUGAAUGCAUUCCCUUGUUGCCACGCUGUCUGUGCUAUCAAAUAUAGUGGUAAGGAUUUGAACUUGUAUGUAGAGCGUUAUUUUCAUGUUGAGAGUUAUCGUCGGGUGUAUUCAAAACCAAUUUACCCAGUUGCGUCAUUGUUGAAAGGUGAUGUGGUUGAUUGUGGUACUAGUAUUCUGCCACCAUUGUUAAAAAAGCCUCCAGGGCGGCCUAAGAAGAAGAGGAUUCGUUCGAAUGGAGAGAAGGUUAGAGAAAUGAAGUGUGGUAGGUGUGGGAAGAUGGGGAAUCAUAACAAACUUACUUGUAAGGAGGAUUUGAGGCCUGGUUUUUAG